AUGGUGAAGCAGACCAUCCAGAUUUUCGCCAGGGUGAAGCCCACUGUUCGGAAGCAGCCACAAGGGAUUUAUUCCAUAGAUGAAGAUGAAAAAUUAACACCUAGCUUGGAAAUUAUCUUACCUCGUGAUUUGGCAGAUGGGUUUGUGAAUAAUAAGCGAGAGAGCUACAAAUUUAAAUUUCAAAGGAUUUUCGAUCAAGAUGCAAACCAAGAGACCGUUUUUGAAAACAUUGCCAAACCAGUCGCUGAGAGCGUCCUGGCUGGUUACAAUGGCACCAUCUUUGCAUACGGGCAAACAGGCAGCGGUAAGACCUUCACCAUCACGGGAGGGGCGGAGCGCUACAGCGACAGGGGCAUCAUCCCAAGGACGCUGUCCUACAUUUUUGAGGAACUGCAAAAGGACAGCAGCAAAAUAUAUACAACGCACAUUUCUUAUUUGGAAAUCUACAAUGAAUGUGGUUAUGAUCUAUUGGAUCCAAGACAUGAAGCCUCCAGUUUGGAAGAUUUGCCGAAGGUGACAAUACUGGAGGACCCUGAUCAGAACAUUCACCUGAAAAACCUGUCUCGUCAUCAGGCGACCACGGAGGAAGAAGCUCUGAAUCUGCUCUUCUUAGGAGACACCAACAGAAUGAUUGCGGAGACUCCUAUGAACCAAGCUUCAACUCGUUCCCACUGCAUUUUCACUGUUCAUUUGUCAAGCAAAGAACCAGGCUCUGCAACUGUCCGACAUGCCAAACUUCACCUGGUGGACCUGGCGGGCUCCGAGCGAGUCGCCAAGACUGGAGUAGGGGGCCUGCUUCUAACAGAGGCCAAGUAUAUCAACCUGUCUCUGCAUUACUUAGAACAGGUCAUCAUCGCCCUUUCGGAAAAGCACCGCUCGCACAUCCCCUACCGGAACUCCAUGAUGACCAGCGUCCUGAGGGACAGCCUGGGCGGGAACUGCAUGACCACCAUGAUCGCGACGCUCUCUCUGGAGAAGAGGAACAUCGACGAGUCCAUAUCCACCUGCAGAUUUGCACAGCGGGUGGCGCUCAUAAAGAAUGAAGCUGUUCUUAAUGAAGAAAUUGACCCCAGAUUGGUGAUUGCGCGCCUGCAGAAGGAGGUCCAGGAGCUGAGGGACGAGCUGGCCCUGGCCACGGGGGAGCCGAGGACAGAGGCGCUCACAGAGGCGGAGCUGCUGCAGUUGGAAAAACUAAUAGCAUCCUUUUUGGAAGACCAGGAUCCGGAGAGUAGACUGGAGGUUGGCGCCGAUAUGCGUAAAAUUCAUCACUGUUUCCAUCACUUAAAGAAACUACUGAACGGCCAGAAGGGCCUCGGGACGAGCACCGUGUCCUCCGAAAUCAAAGACCAGGGCUGCCAAGAACCGCUCAAAGAGGAAGAGUUCAGAAAGCUGCGGGAUGUCCUGCAGCAGAGAGAUAACGAGAUCAAUAUUCUGGUUGGUAUGUUAAGGAAGGAGAAGAAGAAAGUCCAGGACGCCCUCCGCUUCCCCGGCAAGGAGAGGAGCGACUCCCGGCACGCUCCGAGCCCGCCCUGCGUGCCCGGGAGCCCCGACGGUGCCGGGGCACUGCCGCCCCCAGCACCCACACAGGGCCGGGACCCCGACACUCUCAGACACAGGUCCGGCCUGCUCCACAGAAAAACAGGGAUGAGAGAGGAAAUGUCAUUAGGACGCCAGGAGGCGUUUGAAAUCUUCAAGAGGGACCACGCUGACAGCAUUACCAUCGAAGACAACAAACAGAUUCUGAAACAGAGAUUUUCUGAAGCAAAGGCCCUGGGAGAAAAUAUAAAUGAAGCAAGAAGUAAAAUUGGUCACCUGAAGGAAGAAAUCACCCAGCGGCACCUGCAGCAAGCAGCUCUAGGCAUCUCGGAAAACACCACUGUGCCCUUGGCGCCAGACCCGCUGGAGGAGGGGCUGCGGUCAGAGCUGGAGGAAGAGAAGAGAAGGUAUAAAACGAUGUUCACGCGCCUGAAGGCCCUGAAGGUGGAGAUCGAGCACCUGCAGCUGCUCAUGGAGAAGGCCAAGGUGAAGCUGCAGAAGGAGUUUGAGGCCUGGUGGGCAGAGGAGGCCAGCAGCCUGCAGGUGAACUCUCCAGCUGGGAAUUCACUGAGUCACACACAGCCACUCCCCCCGAGGCCUGAGUCCCAGCACGAAAGGCCCCCACUUCUCUCCAACACAAGUGACGUGAAUGCCAGGAAAAUCCUGCCCUCGCCUUGCCCCAUCCUGCACAGCUGGGAGCAGACGGGCCCUCGUGCCUCCCUGGAUGACAGCAUCCCUGAGAGGCCAGUGUCAUCCGUCCCUCUCACUGGAGACAGCCAGACGGACUCGGACAUCCUGGCAUUCAUCAGGGCCAGAGAGGCCGUCCUGCAGAAGAAAUGUUUCCAGUAAGUGUCCAGCAAGAACGGAGGACAGAUGCAGGCGCCUCCCCUCACUCGCCUGGCUCCAGAAGUGACCUGCUGGGAGCAACUAGUGACUGAUUUCAAUGGAGGAGACUGUGCUUCUUUAGGGAGGGUGGCCCUGUGGCUGUCGUGAGGCUGGGGCCGCCUUGCCUGUGGGUGCUGAGCUGCUGGCAGGCCAGGCAACGCCAGGGUGCUGGGACAGGGCAGGGCCUGCAGCUCACUCACAGGCAAUGGCAACCCUUUUAGAUUAUGAAGUAGUGCCACCAGAAUGUCGCGCCAGGGACAUCACACUGGUGGAAUGGGGGGAAAUAAUAGUCAUUUUCAACUAUUCACCAGCCCACUCCCCUGCCCAGCCCCUGGUGUACAAGCCCAGGAAUGGCUAGGGUGGGCCGGGCAGCAGGUUGGAGCCAAAGGCAGGGCAGUGGAAGGCAGGGCAUCUUGAUGGCCAGUUCAAAUCUCAGACCAAACCCUACACCGUCGCCCCGAUGCCCAAGAUGACCUGUAGGCCUGAAUGAACUGUGUGUCCAAGGAGCUGUUUACCCUGCAAGGUCAAAGUAUAUCGAAGCACCCAGAGAGCCGCGGACGGCUCCCAGGGGCUCCACAGUGUGGACACCUUGGGGCACUGCUAGAUUUGGGCCGAAACUCCCACUCUCACCCGGGGGUCUUGUCUCAGUGAGCCCCCCAGCACUCCAGGCCCUGACUCCUGAUGCAGAGCCAGCAGAAGGUGAGCCGCUCCUGUUCUCUGUUCCAUGGAUACAGGACCUCGACACCCUGGAGAGCGAGCAGAGAGAAUACACUUAUUUCCCUCCUUCUCAGGACCAGGUAAAGGGAUCGUGCAGAAGAUAGAUCCUUUUAUUUAUUUAUUUUUU